AUCUGUCAAUUUUUGACAGUAAGUUAUGACGUAUAUUAACCAUCAAAAUAAUAAUAGUCGGUGCGCGCAAUAAAAUAAUGAACCCCUGGUUGAAAAACUCAGUAACCACGCGUACUUUGUGAUAUUAGGUGUCACGAGAGAAAGAGAGCGCGCGCCCCAUACACGAUGUCUGGAAAUCCGUCGCAGUUGAGUCAGUAUUUUAGUAGUGGAAAAUCGAGCGAGGCCCAAGUAACUUACACAAAUGAAUUGAACGAGGCUAUAACCAGCAUCGGGUCGUUACAGUUAAGUCGAAACGAGCAAAGUUCCAGCGAACCAGAAGUGUGUAGAAUUUUUUCUGAGACUCUGCCACAACCCAAAGAUCCUUCGGCUGCGUUUUUUGAUUUAAUUGGAAAUCCCUCCAGAACUACCGAACAAGAAAGUGCUGGAGAAAUGAGUUUUGCACCUGAUGAUGGUUAUAGUCCAAGAGUUGCGGUUGGUUCGGAAGCCGAUAGAAGAAGAGAUGCUUGGAUUCCGAGCGAGCGUACGAGAAAAUGUUUAAUAUCAGCAUCGACAGCAGCUCCAGGAACUUUUUUCCCAGAACGAGAUCUUUUAACUAUGCCAGGAGUUUUAUUAGAGGAGGAAUUGGGUGAUAAUAUAACGGACGCUGUAACAACUUAUAUAAGCGAAGCAGAAGCUGCUCAACGUCGUGUUUUAGCUGCUGGAGAUGUUACACAAGAUGAAAGGGGUUUAAGAGAAUUAGUACAAGCCGGAGCUUAUAGAUCGGCUAUAAAUUUAACGGCACGUUUAUUAACGAUAUACGGACAAGGAAUUGGAAGAUCCGGACAUCCGAGUAAACACUCUCCGCAUUCAUUACAAUUAUGGUUCACUAGAAUAGCACUUUUGAUCAAAACUAAAGAAUACCAAGUUGCUCAAGCCGAAGCCGAACCAUUUGGUCAAUUAGAUAAACCAGAUCUUUUUUAUCAAUUUUAUCCUGAAAUGUAUGGUGGUCGUCCAGGAUCGAUAGCGUCAUUUUCAUUUAGAUUAUUACUCGCUGAAUUACCAAUGCACUGUGGGAAAGCAAAGGAUUCGUUAACGAAGUUAUUUAAUAUGUUAGCAACUGUUAAACAGAUGUUAAGAAAUUUAAAAGAAGGUUUAUGCGAAGAUGGAAACCCCAUGGAAAUCUCCGAAUCAGAUCGAAACGAUUCCGUGAGAUUAUGGACCGGAAGGGAAACAAGAAUUUUACAUUCUAUAGUCAAUUGUGCCUUAGCAUUAAAAGAUUAUGUACUUGCAAUGGAUAUUUUGGGACAAUUAUGCGAACGAGAUGGAGCACCACGUCACACGUUAUUAUCAGCCUUAGGCCGUUUACAUUUACAAUUAGGUGAUGUAUCUGGAGCGGAAGUUUGUUUUAACGAAGCAAGCGAAAUACGUGGAGGAGCACCUGAUUUACGAGAGUUAGUGGAUCGCGGACUUUUAGCAAUGGCUCAAAACUCGUUCGGUGAUGCGUACAAAUUUUUCCAUCAAGCCAGUGUGUUAGAACCAUCAAACGUUAUGAUUUUAAACAACAUGGGUGUUUGUUUAUUAUAUGGUGGUGAUUUGAAAGAAGCGAUAGCUGUUCUUGAAUCAGCAAUCCAACAAAAUCCGAUUCAAGGUCUUCAAGAAUCACUAUUAUUAAAUCUUUGUACCUUGUACGACAUGGAAUCGUCGAAAGGGAGACGUAAAAAAUUCGCGUUGCUUCGUCAGUUAUCUAGAUAUCAAGCGGAUGCACCUACUGCCAUUUUAGAAAAGUUAUACGGUUGAUUGAAACUGCCGAAACACUUUGUUGGGAUUUGAUCGAUAAGUAAACGUUAAUUGAAACGUAAUUGAAAUAAAAAAAAAUUGGAAAAAUGAUUCACGAGUAAAAACGAAUCUAAUGGAAUUGAUUCCUUUUUAAAAACUCUGUCUUAUCUUUAAGACCAGCACUACAAACAAUUUAUAUGAAGCAAUAAAUAAAUACUUUCGUGAUUUUGAUCACUAUCACAUGAGCAACUUCAAAAGAUUGUUUUUUAAUGGUAGAUCUAGUCUUAUUGUUAUUGAUCAAAAAAAAUUUUUAAAUUGUAGUAUAUUGUUGUCUUUUUUGUUAAAUAGCUUUUAAAAACAAUCUUAAAGUUUUUCGGUUAUUAGUUUUAUUAACACAGACCAAAACUGUUUAUUUUUGCAAAAAAAGUUAGAAUAGAACAUUAUUGGUUAGAUUAGAAUAAUGAAAAAAUCACUUAAAAAUAUUUUUGUUAUUUGUAAUGUUAAAAUUCAAUCUUCCAGGAUUAUUAUAUUUUUCCAGGAUUAUAUUUUCUUUGUUAGAGUUAAAAAACGUUUAAAUGUGGGCACUAAAAAAAGUCGCAAAUAAUAACAGUAUUAAAGAAUACAAAAGAAAACGCACCCUAAAAUAAGAAAAAAAUAUUUUGUAACCUUAAUGAUUACAUUU